AGCGGCCAAGAAAUUGAACCAGUGGGUCUCUCCCGUUUCCGUUACCCCGUCCCGUUCUUCCUUCCGUUCCUCCCCGGGGCGCGCAAAUCGUGGCUCGAAGAGAGGAUCCGACGAAUCCCGUGCGGGUUGGAUAUCAAGUACCACAGUCGGGUCGAAAGCUUGUUUUCCGACUUCUUCCGAUUUGCCGCAAAGGGGAAGGGGCGAGGGAGACCGAUGCAUUCGUACGUGUACCGGUUAAACACCCUGGUCACCUUUGCCGCCGUCCUCCUCGCGGUGCUGUGCUGCGCCGCCUCCUUCCUCGACGCGUUCAACUCCCCCUCCGUCCGCGCCCAUGCCGAGGUCAUCAAGGUUAAUCGAUUUCGAAAACAGUUGAGUGGAAAUGAUGAGGUCAGCUUGACCUUGAACAUUUCUAUGGACUUGAGAUCAUUGUUUACAUGGAAUACAAAGCAGGUUUUUGUCUUUCUGGCUGCUGAGUAUGAAACUUCAAAAAAUUCCCUGAAUCAGAUUUCGCUAUGGGAUUAUAUAAUCCGUGAUAAGGAUCAUGCAAAGUUCCAAGCACAGGUUGCCAGCAAAUAUCCCUUGAUCGAUCAGGGAAGCAACCUUCGUGGUAAGAAAGUUGAAUUUGUUCUCCACUGGCAUGUUAUGCCCAGUACAGGUAGAAUGAUUGUAGAUAAGAUGGCCUUGUCCAAAUUCUAUCUACCUGAGGCUUAUACAUAGUUUACAGCAUGUCCCAUUCCUCACUGAUUGUCUGUGAUAAUUCAUGGGUACUAUAGUCCGAUCUUAGGUGAACUUCUGAUUAAGUGUAUUCUUUCUGGAUGCCUAUUGUUCUCUUUCUCAAAAUCAAUUUUGUUAAGUGUAUUCUUUCUGGAUGCCUAUUGUUUUCUUUCUCAAAAUCAAUUAUGUUGCAUCCCUUGAGUAGAGACAUUAAUAAUUAUCAGUGGGCUCUCGUACUACAUCAAAGUUAGCGUA